AUGAAAAAGACAUUUCUGUUCCUUGUCAUUUUAUCAACGAUAAAUUUAAGACGAUAUAUAAAUUACAAUAUAAGAAUCAGGUUAAAAAACUUUUCAAACAAAAUAUACAUGUCCAGUAGAGUCCAAUUAAAAUCGACAAAACUACAACAUAGAAAGAGACCAAGAAAAAGGAAGAAAUCUGAAAUUUACAGAACCCCAGUUUUAUAUCACCCGAAUCAGAGGGAUUAUUUUAACCUACAGAGUGAGUAUACAUGCUUACCCGAUGAAAAAGUGCUAAAUCUGCUGUCAAAGAAUAAAUUAAAUUUGCUAAUAAAAGCGAUUAGAAGUAAGAAUAACGAGGAGAUUGAUAAAAUUUUGUAUAAAGAUGUUAAUAAUAUAUAUCUGGAUACGAGGUACAUAUAUUAUGAUGAAGGGAGAAUAGAAGAAGAAGGAGAAGUAGAUGAAGAAGUAGAUGAAGACGAAGAAGAUGAAGAAGAUGAAGAAGACGAAGAAGAUGCCGAGGGAAGCUCACGACUACACGACCAAAGGGGUGGCUUUGCUGAGGAAAUGAAUCCUAAUAGUGAUCAUGAGGAAUUCUCAAGUGGGGAUGAUAAACUAGAGAAGGAUAAUAAAGGAAGGGUCAAAAAAAGAAGAAAAGAUUGUGUGUUCAGCAAUAAUUCAAGUGAUGUGAAAAAUUUCAGGGUACCUGAAAAUGAAGAGACAAACGAAAAAGUUAGAAAAAAAGAAUUUGUGGAUUUGAAUAAUAUAUAUUUUUAUUUUAAAAAGGUUAACAUGACAAAUAUAAAUAAAGACAACAUAAAUGAUGAUAUAUAUAAAGAGUUAGUUGAAUUAAAAAAGGUGUCAACAGAAAAAGGAGAUUCAAUAGGUUACAACAUAUAUAAAUAUUUUCUUAACAUAAUUACAAAUGUAGAUAGAAUGAAAUAUAUUGAUGAUUUUUUUUUAGUGAAUUAUAUAAACAAUAUUUGGAUAACUAAAAAUGUGCAUAAAUAUUUUUAUUUUUUAAAUUCUCUAUUUCAUAGAAUGAAAAAAAUUUCUUAUAAAUUAUUUCAUUUGAAUUAUAAAAUUGAUAUAAUUGGACAUGUGGAGGAAAAAAAUAAAAUGAAGUAUUUCGAAAGACAUGAAUUAUUUGAUAAAGUUAUAAAAAAAACAAAGUACAUUCCUAACUAUGUGCUUAAGCACAAUUACAUUUAUUCUACUAGUAUUUUAAAUCUAUACCAAUAUGAUAUCAACACAAAUUCGUAUGUCAAUAAAUUUGAUGACACAUACAAGGAAGUUUCUGUGAACGACUUUGUUGAUUAUGGGAGGAAAAAGAAUUUAAACAUUUAUCACGACUCUACCCGUUUCCACCCAUUUUACAAUUAUGCCAAGAGAUAUGACAAGGACAAUGAGAUGAAGAAAAUUAUGAGUCUCACAUAUGGGGAUGUUUGCAGCAGUAGCGACAUGACAAGUAGUGGCACUCGAGAUGAUGAAACUAACACCCGGAAGAAUUUGAAUAAAGGGAAAAAAAAAGACACUACCAAGGGAUCAAGCAAGAACAUAGAUCCUAUAGUAACUGAUGAACAUAUCCUCGAAAAUGGAGACGAGAAAAACCAUAAUGAUGAAAAUGUGUCCAGGAACGAAGGAGAAAAAAACUCACCAAAAAGUGAAAGUAGUGAAAGUAGAGAAAGUAGUGAAAGUAGCGAAAGUAGAGAAAGUAGUGAAAGUAGCGAAAGUAGUGAAAGUAGCGAAAGUAGUGAAAGUAGCGAAAGUAGUGAAAGCAGUGAAGGUAGUGAAAAUAAUUGGCUAGAAAGGAUAAAAAAGGAUCCACUUUUAAAAUAUGAAAUUUUAGAAAAGAUAAGCGAAAAGAUGUGUAGCGAAUUCGCAGAAAUUGGGGUUUUAGAUAGUGAAAGUAAGAAAAUUGACCUGAAUAGAAUUGAAGAUAUUAAAAAUGAUAAGGACAAUAUUUUAUACAAGAAGGUUUAUGCUAUGCGGGAUUACUUUUACAGUAUUAUGUAUGAUAAUUAUAAGCCAAAUUUGGACAUUUACGAAUUAGAAACUUUUAUAGAUGCAGAAUAUAGGGCCUAUACUUACAAAAAAGACUUAAAUAUUUUAUUUAAAAAUUGGGUUGUCAAUGAAAACAAGCAAUUACCUACAGUGCACUUUGCGAAAAAGGAUGUGGAGCUAGCUAAGUUAAGAUACAUGUCCAAGAGAAAAAGAAAAAUGCUUGAAUUUAAUCAGCAAUUUCUGGAACGUCACGGGCGCGACAAGAAGAGCCACUACCCCAUGAAGGAUCACAGAGGGGUAGGAAGUGGUGAAAAUGGUGAAAAUGGUGAAAAUGGUGGAAAUGGUGAAAAUGGUGAAAAUGGUGAAAAUGGUGAAAAUGGUGAAAAUGGUGGAAAUGGUGAAAAUGGUGAAAAUGGUGGAAAUGGUGAAAAUGGUGAAAAUGGUGAAAAUGGAGAAAAUGGAGAAAAUAGUGAACACGGGGGAUCACAAAAAGGUACGCCAGAAGGUGCAGUAAAUUGUGAACCACAGGAGAGGGGGAAUUCUGAGAGAAAGGAGCCAAACGGUAAAAAGGAUACAGACCCGAGUAAAGGAAUAAACCAAUCAAUCAGCUGUCUCAUCAAGUGGAAUACACGAAGCGAAAAUGAUUCAGGGAAAACAAGUAAUGAUCAGGACGAUAUACAUUUGAGUGAUGAAGAUGACAUCGAUGAGGAUGCGGACAACGACAGAGAAGAAAAGUUCUUUAUUGAUAAAUACAAUAUGAACAAUGAUGAAAUUGAAUCAUACGGAUUUUGCGAUGAAAAUGUAAACGAAAAUGAUAAUGAAGAACAGUCUUUUCAUGAUAUGAAAUUUGCAAAGCUAGUUAUUUAUGAUGAUAACUAUGAUAAAGAAGAGUUUGUAGAAAUUAUCAUGAAUCUUAUAACAACAUGUGAUUAUAAAAGGGCAUAUUGCAUUUACAACACACUCAAAACAAAGGGGAAGGUUGAUACUUUAUAUUUUAAAAGUUACGACAUUGCUGAGAAUAUUGCCUUUUUGAUGCGCCAAUCGAAGCAGAGAAUUCUUGCUGAUGUGGAAUACUUGUAA